AUGUCUUGUAGUAAAUGCUUCAGAGCAAACCCUAAGCCAGCUAGAUAUAUUAUGGGCGAUCUUCCAACUAAUAGAGUUACACCAAACCGAGCAUUUUAUGGUUGCGGAUUGGAUUAUGCGGGCCCCUUUUAUGUAAAAUCGCGAGUCCGUGGGCCAGCCAAUAUUAAAACUUAUAUGUGCGUUUUCGUCUGUAUAGUUACCAAAGCGGUACAUUUAGAGCUUGCGACUGAUAUGAGUACAGAUGCAUUUCUAAAUUGUCUUCGUAGGUUUAUCGCCAGACGUGGCAAAUGUAAACAUAUUUACUGCGAUAACGGUACGAAUUUUGUCGGAGCCAAAACUGAAUUGUCUGAACUGUACGAUAAACUGUCUAAAAUUGAAUUUCAAGAAAAUGUAACCAAUUUUUUAGGAGAGGACCGGAUUCUUUGGCAUUUUAAUCCUCCAUCAGCUCCAAACUUUGGAGGUUUAUGGGAAAGUGUGGUUAAAUCCGCAAAGCGACAUCUUAAUAGAAUAUUAUUUAAUACCUCUCUAACUUAUGAAGAAUUGUACACGGUGUUGACACAAGUAGAAUCCUGUUUGAACUCACGACCGUUAUCCCCCUUGUCAGAAGAUCCUUAUGAUCUUAUUCCAUUAACUCCAGCACAUUUUUUGAUUGGAGAUACCAUGGCUGCAUUACCGCAAGAAGAUCUCACCAACGUCAACACGAAUCGAUUGGAUCGGUAUCAACAUUUGCAGCAAUUGGUCCAACACUUUUGGAACCGUUGGCGCACGGAGUAUUUACAUCAACUUCAAACCAGAAAUAAAUGGAAUGAUGCAUCAGGCGAAUGUUUUAAACCAGGUACCUUGGUAAUAAUUCGUGAGGACCACUCUCCACCAUGCAGGUGGCCUAUGGCACGAAUUACGGAUAUACAUCCUGGGAAAGAUGGCGUAACAAGGGUCGUUACGUUAAAAUGUUCCGGUUAUCGCUUCUUGAAGCGACCUGUUACCAAACUCUGCAUAUUACCCUGGCAAGAAGAGAAAUCAACCCCAGAGAAAGAAGUCCACGAAGAAUAG